AUGGUUAGAUGGUGGAUUUUAGCUCUACAAUUGACAGAGUUAUUUGUGACUACUUUGGUGCAUUUGACAUAUGGGUUUUACAUAUUCAGCACAGCUGUGGCUGGUGAUCUCUCACAGGCUUUGAGUGAUUGGUCUUUUAAGCCUAACUUGGAGAAUGAAUUGAAAGGGGAUUGUUCAAAAAAGACAACAAGUGUUGAUGAUCUGCCUCCCAUUGUGUUGGUCCAUGGAAUCUUUGGUUUUGGCAAAGGGAGAUUGGGGGGUUUGUCGUAUUUUGCAGGGGCAGAGAAGAAGGAUGACAGGGUUCUAGUGCCUGAUUUAGGCUCAUUGACAAGCAUAUAUGACAGGGCUAGAGAAUUGUUCUAUUAUCUGAAAGGAGGGCAAGUUGAUUAUGGAGAAGAACAUAGCAAGUCUUGUGGGCACUCUCAAUAUGGGAGGAUUUACGAAAAGGGGCAUUACCACGAAUGGGAUGAGGAUCACCCCAUUCACUUUGUGGGACAUUCAUCUGGAGCACAGGUUGUUCGGGUUUUGCAGCAAAUGCUCGCCGAUAAGGCAUUUGAGGGGUAUGGAAAUACUUCAGAGAACUGGGUACUAAGCAUAACAUCGUUAUCGGGAGCAUUUAAUGGGACAACUAGAACCUAUUUAGAUGGAAUGCAGCCGGAAGAUGGGAGGUCUUUAAAGCCCAUCUGCCUACUGCAGGUGUGCCGUGUAGGAGUAAUAAUAUAUGAUUGGUUUGACAUUCCAUGGCUAAAGAGCUUCUACAAUUUUGGAUUUGAUCACUUCAACAUGUCCUGGAAGAAGAUUGGCAUUUGGGGUCUUAUAGAUUACCUAUUGGGAAAUAGUGGUCCAUUUGCAUCAGGCGACUGGAUACUUCCCGAUCUUACAAUUCAGGGGUCGAUCAGAUUGAACAGCAAUAUAUGUACAUUUCCCGAUACGUACUACUUCAGCUACGCCACCAAACGCACAAGGAAAAUCAUGGGUAUGACAGUUCCCUCUGGCAUUCUUGGGAUCCACCCGUUGCUUUUCAUCCGAGUUUUGCAAAUGAGCCAAUGGCGACACCCUCCUGAUGUUGUGCCACCUUAUAAAGGUUAUCGCGAUGAAGAUUGGUGGGACAACGAUGGAGCACUCAAUACCAUAUCCAUGACACGCCCUUGUUUCCCAGUUGAACAUCCUAGUCAUUUUGUUGUACAAGAUUCUGACUGCCUACCUUUGCAACCAGGCAUCUGGUAUUACAAGAUUGUGGAAGGCGAUCACAUUCUUUUCAUUGUGAACCGGGAAAGGGCUGGAACUCAAUUUGAUCUGAUAUACGACAGUAUUUUUGAGCGAUGCAGGAAGCACGUAUUCAGAAAGAAUCCAACGCUACCUAAUCAUCAAGUACACCAUUAG